AUGCACCGCACUCCACCAAAUAAUAUUUCCCUAUCGGCGUCCGAGUCGGACCUCACCAAUUUAUCCAAAGCGAAUGAAACAUCGAACAUUACCCUAAGACCCAGUGUAAAAAGAUUACGCACAUCUGAAGAGAGUGUUAGCUCACAGGAGAACACUUUUUCGUCGUUCAAGAAGGAAAUUAUGGAAUCAAUGGCUGCCAUGUUCGCCGAGCAGAAUGAGAAAUUUAGCGCCAUAGAAAAAAGUAUAGCUGAAAUUAAAUCUCAGAACACUACGAUUCACCAGACUAAUUGCGAAAUCGAGCGAUCGCUGGAGUUCGUAUCACACCAGAUUGACGAUGUCAAAGACAAGAUAAGUCACCUGGAAGUCGAACGCAAGAAAAUGUCGUCGGAAAUUAUUUCUAUCAACAAUAAAAUAGAAAAUUUGGAAUGCAUUAACAAGAAAACUAGUGUGGAAAUAAGAAAUGUUCCCAACUCUAAAAAGCGAGAAUCGAAGUCUACGUUGUUCGACAUGAUCCAACAUCUUCAAACUGGUAUUAGUCUUGAAGACGAAUACUGCGGACAGAUCAGAGAUGUUUAUCGCACGAAUUAUAAGUCACAAUCUAAUGUAUCUACAGUUGUAAUCGAAUUCAUGACUACACUAGCGAAAGAAAAGUUUAUUUCAAAGACUAAACUGUUUUCAAACUCCAAGGGCGAUCAAACUAACUCAAAGUUGAUGGGUUUGGAUGGAGCUUCGACGCCAAUCUACAUAUCAGAACACCUUUCACCAAGAACGCGGAAGCUCUUCUACCUUGCUCGUGAAUUUGCCAAGCAAAAUGAAUACAAGUAUUGCUGGACAUCAGGCGGAAAAGUCUUCUUGCGUAAGAGUGAAGGAUCACAGCACCUUCUUGUAAAAGAUGAUAACGACCUAAAAUCUCUGAAGAAUCCUGUACAACCAUGA